UCUUCACUCCAGUACACCACUAGCUCUUCACACGACCACAGCCUCCUCGCCCUGCGCGCCCGCACCGCACGCUCGCAACCGAACCGAGAAGGAGAAGGCGAUGAUACUGCGCCGCCGCGGGUCCAGCGGCGGGCUGCGCAUCAAGAAGAAGGGCCGCGGGUUCAUGUGCGGCUGCGGCGGCUCCAAGGCCGUGUCCGUCUCAGACGGCGGCUCCGACGACAAGCAGUCCCCCAUGGCCACGCCGCCCACCAACACGUCGACCGCCACCACCAUGUCCAUCGCCACCACCGCCACUACGACGACGAGGAGGGCCGCAGGGAACAGCAGCAAGUCGGCGUCGAUGAUCUCCUCCGCGGCGGCGGCGGCGUCCUCCUCGUUCUCGCCCUCCUCCACGGACGACGCCGACACCAGCGUGGGGAGCACGCCGAGCGUGGCGGCGCUCCUGCGCCAGCUCGGCGAGCUGGAGCGCACCGUGCGCUCCCUCCAGGGCCACACCGCCGAGAACGUCGGCGGCGGCGGCAGGGGGCGGCACAGGCGGACGGCGAGCGAGGGCGGCGCGAGGAGGAUCGAGGAGAGCGUGGCGGUGGUGAAGGAGUCGGCGGACCCGCUGGCGGACUUCCGGCGGUCGAUGCUGCAGAUGAUCGUGGAGAAGGAGAUCGUGGGCGGCGACGAGCUGCGGGAGCUCCUCCACCGGUUCCUGUCCCUCAACGCGCCGCACCACCACCACCUCAUCCUCCGCGCCUUCGCCGAGAUCUGGGAGGAGGUCUUCUCCGGCUACGACCGCACCCCGGACUUCCUCGUCUCCCACCCGCGCAGCGGCAAGAGGAGGCUCCACCUCCCACGGGAACCGGCAGCCGCAGUCAGCCCGCUCCGCUGACGAGCGCGCCGGCCAUCGCAACCAUGGUAUUGCGCGGUGCUACUAGCUUGAUUUCGUGCUCCGUCGAUCCAUCCCAGUCGUCGAUGAUUUUCCGUUUUGAUUGGGACAAAGGUUUUAGUUUUAGUAGGGUUUGGUGAGUUUCUUUCAUCGUCUUUACGUAAUCUAUAGCUUGUACAAACGGUUGAUAUUACGGACGAGUCAGGAACAUUUUUCAGGUUCCGGAAGUCCUUUUUGAUUUGAAAAGUUGCUUUUGGUUUGCCGGAAA